AUGGUAGCCAUUAAACAACCAAAAGUGCUCCUAUUUGACAUAGGAGGAGUUUGUGUCAUCUCGCCCUUUCAGUCCAUAUUAGAUUAUGAACUGAGUCUAGGGAUCCCGCCAGGGUGGAUUAAUCACUCGAUAUCAAAAACUGCACCUGAAGGUUUCUGGCAUAGGCUGGAAAGGGGGGAGAUUAUCCUAGACGAUGCAUUUUAUGCUGGUUUCAACGAAGACCUUCACGAUCCGACGAGGUGGGCCUCAUUCUACAAGGUCCAGCAGUCAAAGAAUCCGAACCUCCCUAAGGAAAUUCCUCCAGUACCGAAGCUCGAUGGACGUUGGCUUUUCAACGAUAUGAUGACUUCUUCGACAGAUCUAGAUCCGUGGAUGUAUCCGGCGCUUAAGAAUCUGAAGGCUAGUGGGAAGUUUAUCCUCGCCGCAUUGAGUAACACCGUCAUUUUCCCACCUGGCCACGCGCUCUAUAGGGCAGAUUUCUUCGCCGACCCGCUCCGGGGUUUAUUUGACGUUUUUGUAUCGUCUGCACACGUAGGACUGCGGAAACCAGACCCCAAGAUCUAUCAGUAUGCGCUGAACGAGGAGAAAUACGGUGGCAUUGAAUCCUAUGCGCCAUUGAUAAUGGAUACGGAACGCGGCACAGCGGCCGUAUUGGUCCCAUCUCUUUUCCCAGAGCGCAAAUCAAUGACGCCAGCACAAAUUGCAGCUGGUAUACAAGCAGCGCUGAUAGUGCAGCGCCGCGCGGUGACAUUCGGUAAGCGACCUUUCGCCGCAGCACUGGUAGGACCGGACAAUGACACGGUGCUACUGACGCACCAGUCCGUGGACCAGGUCAACCAUGCCGAGAGCGAGCUAGCCAGACUGGCAUACAAACAUUAUACUAAAGAAUUCUUGUGGCAAUGCACUCUCUUUAGCACGUGGGAACUGUGCGGAAUGUGUACGGCUACCGUCUACGGUUCUCGAGUCGCGAUUCAAGAUCCCUAUAGGACACUCAACGUCAGCAGAACCCAUUCCGAGUUACCUUUCGCCCAUGAUGAUAGCAAGAUCACGAUCAACCUAGUGGUGGCCACUCUUCGGAAAGAUGACAUCUCAUGGACAGAGGAUAUCAGAUUGCCUAAUCUCAACGUAAUUCGCUAUGUUACCGAUGAUAUGAAGGCACCAUAUCAUCCGCCAAUACCGAAGAAAGGACGUGAGGCGAUGAUAUAUCUAACUUAUAUGCAUGACUUCUACGACAACUUGCCAGACGUCACCAUAUUUACACAUGCCGACGAGAGUCCAUGGCAUGUAGAACGCACAUUGAAUUCGUCUCUAGUAUUUGCUAUGUCGCAUCUGGACUUUAGCCAGGUGUUGCAGAGGCAGUACUUCAACCUGCGUGUGUCCUGGGAAAACGCAUGCCCGGAUUGGAUUAACACGACCAAGACCGAGUACGACGACAAUAAACAAGAAGAGCACUUCAUACGUCAGGCAUUUAGCGAAAUUUUUGCGACGAACGAUAUUCCCGAGAUCCUUGGUGGGCCAUGUUGUUCGCAGUUUGCGGUUACGAGGGAUGCGGUUAGGAGGCAUCCGAAAUCCCAGUAUCAGAGAAGCAUGACUUGGUUGAUGCAGACUGACUUGGAGGACUUUCUCUCGGGAAGAGUUUGGGAGCACUUCUGGCCGUGGCUGUUUAAGGGCCAAGCAGUGGAUUGUCCAAUCGAAUGGAAAUCGUACUGUAGAAUGUACCACAUCUGCUACGACUUGCAAAGCAGAAAGUUACUCAGCAAGCUCGAGGAAGAGAGGAAAGAUUUGGAAAAGAAAAACGGUCUGUUCGGCAAGAUAGCAGAUCUGCUAAAUGGUAUGGAGAAUAAAAAGCGUUUAGAGGAGAUUGAUGCUAUAAUGGCGGCAGAACUCGUCAGUGCACUCGAGAGGGGAAAACAUGAAGCAGUACGGAUGCAGCUGCUCUCGGAUUCUUUAUGA